AUGGAUUACGGGCGAGAGUGGAGUGGCGGUUCGCGGUCGGAGGGAGGAGCCCAGCUGGCUACAGCCGCGGCUCAGGGGGACGUGGCGAGGGUGCGGCAGCUGCUGGAAGUUGCUGGGGUGAACCCCAAUAUUGUGAACUCUUUUGGCAGGACCCCGAUUCAGGUCAUGAUGCUGGGAAGCACCAAGGUGGCGGAGCUGCUGCUGCAGAGCGGAGCGGAUCCGAACCGCCCGGACCCCAGCACCGGCUCCCUCCCGGUGCACGAUGCGGCACGAGGAGGUUUCCUGGACACCCUUGUGGCGCUGCACAGGGGCGGGGCUCGCUUGGAUCUGCGCGACGGAUGGGGCCGCCUCCCCGUGGACCUCGCUGUAGAGAGCGGGCAGCAGCAAGUGGUCCGCUACCUCCGAGCCCAGAAUGUGGCUCCGCCCAGGGAAUAGGGAGGGGGGGGGGGUGGGGG